AUGGAUCGACGAAGCCACCGCCACAACCUCUCCACCGCCACUAUCCCUCCGGUAAAGAACGAUCUCGCCGGCGAUCACAACUACAGCUCGCCGCCGGCCCCGUGGCUCCUCGACCUGAUCGCUUACCAGGUGGAUCUCAUCACCACUCUUCUUCUCUCCCUCAUCUCCCCCUUUUUCACCUCCCUGUCCGACCCCCACUCCGCCGCAUCCCGUGUCCGAUUCCUCCUCCGCCGCCCUCUCGCCGUCGCCGCUGCGGCGGCGCUGCUUGGCCUCGUGCUUGUCAAGCUUUGGGCUGAUGAGCCUGUGAUCGUGCGUGAGCCCUUGUAUUUUGAUUACACGGAGCCUUUGCCGAGUGCUAGGGUUUCUUUGAGAGAUGGAAACGGGAGGCCUGUUCCGGCCGGCCAUGCAGUUCGCGCUUCGCUCCAGCUCGUGAUGCCUGAAUCCGAUUACAAUAUCCAUGUCGGCAUUUUCCAGGUGAACGCAGAAGCACUUUCAUCAAAGGGAAACAUUAUAGCAACAUCUAGCCAACCAUGCAUGAUGAGGUUCCGAAGUCUUCCUGUUCGACUAACACAUACAUUCUUAAUGGGUGUUCCUCUCUUGCUAGGAAUGUCCACUGAGAGCCAGGAGAUGAUCGUGGAAAUACUAAGAUACAAGGAAAGUAUCAGAAAAACCGAGAUGAUAAGAAUUAAGUUAAUGCCAAGAGCAGGAACCUCCGAUCUCCCACAGAUUUACUCGGCAGUAAUCCACAUAACCUCACAGCUUCCUUGGACAAAAAGAUUAGUUUACAAUUGGAAGUGGACUGUCUAUGUGUGGAGCUCCUUGUUUGUAUACGUAUUUCUUUUUGACUAUCCUGGUUUUGCUAUUACAAAUCGUUUUUUGUACCAAGAUGGAGCCCGCUGA